CGUACAAUUCUUAUAGGUAUAACGGGUGCUUCGAGUUCAGGGAAAUCUACACUGGCCCAUUUACUAAAAAGUAUUUUACCUCAUAGUGAAAUCAUACAUGAAGAUGAUUUUUAUAAACCGGAAGAAGACAUUCCCUAUGAUCCCAUUCGCAAAGACCGGGACUGGGAUUGUCCAGAUGCUAUAGACAUGGAUGCGAUGAAACAGACAUUGUCCGUGCUGACAAAACCCAACACUACCGAACCAACGGUAAAUGAUGCCUUUUUCAACAAUGAUGAACGGAUUAUAAAAGACUUAAUGGAAAAGGUAAAUGUAAAACUUGAACAUUUUGAUUCUCGUGAGAGUUUUAGGAUAUUUUUGAUUGAUGGAUUUUUGAUCUUGCCUGACAAGGAGUUGUUAAAGAUGUUCUCACUGACCCUGUUUUUCAAGACUAGUUAUGAAGCACUCAAAAAUAGGCGUGAAAAGAGGACAUACAAUGUAGGUGGGGAUGUGUGGGCAGACCCUCCAGGAUACUUCGAUACAUUUGUUUGGCCAGGCUAUUACACUUAUCAUAAGAAUCUAUUUAUUCGAGGUAACGACGAA